ACAAUGUGACCAUCCCAAAUCCGGCGCCGGCGCUGGCUAACACCCACCACUGCUCACUUUUCCCUUUGUCCUCACCAUCUCGACCUUCUCUCCUCAUUGCGACACCGACGAGACGUUGCCUGCUACGAAUACCGACGCGCCCUCCACUUGAUUCACUACGCGCCCAUCGAGACAACAAGCGACACCACCCGUCAUGGCCUUCUUGAAACGGCUGUCUGACAGCCUCUGGGACUAUGUCUCACCGCAGAAGCCGGUGAACACGACAAUGCCGACACCAGGCACCGACAUCCCCGCGACGCCCACCAGAAAGUUCUCACCAGGCGAUGUGGCCAAGUUUUCCAGAUCAAUGAGCCCUAUCGAAAGGGUUAGCGAGUGGCAAUUUAAUGCACCCACCACUCCUCGAAGCACGAAGAGGAAGCGUCUGCACACGCCCGAAUAUGGCUCAGGGCGCCGUAUAAAGCAGCCCAAGAUCGAAUUGGAGGAUACGGACUACUCGCCUGAGAGCGAUGAAAGAGGACGUCUUGGCUCGCCGAUGCAUGAAGGUUUCGUAGAACGAAGUUCCCUCCUCAGAACUCCGUCACGGCGUUCUGCAACGAGGUCGCCAUCUCCUUCUUUUGCGGAAUACAUUCGUGAUGAGGACGAGCUGUCCGCAGAUCUGCGUGUGGACGACGAGCAAUUCAACGAUACUCCUCCCAAGAAGAGGGUAAUUCACAUUCCAGCAGAGCUCAGUAGCAAGCACAUCUCGACCAAAGAGCUGCGAGCCAAAGGAUGGGACGACGACUACAUUACCCUCAUGCAGAGGAUCGGACUGCGUGGCCGAGAGCCCAUCCUCCCCGCAUACAUGAAGUUUGAGUACCGAUUUUUGCCCGACGGACUGUUCCACAGCAGCGAUGAAGAGGCGUUCAUCAGCAGUCUGCGCAACGGUCACUUCAAAGCCGGCAAGGCACUCCAAAAAUUGCUGGAUCUUGGCGGCCACAUCCGCGAUCGCAAGGAAGUAGAUCCACAGCAUGGAAGGCCGGAGCUCGAGGUCAAACGCCACCUGAAAGAAUACCUGAAGUGGGCACAGAACGACAGUGAUCUCGACAGGCGAACCGCCAUUCCAGUCCUGGUACAAGUCUACGCCGAAGCUGGCACUCCUGGCGAGGAGAUGACAGCGAUGGCCGAAGACAAGUGCCGUGCACUCAUAAAGAAGUGGAAGACAGCACUUGAAGUCACUCGCUCAGUCGAAAUGUCUCCCGUCUCUCGCACCUCGGACGGCACUUUGCUGUCCUACGAGAUCCCAACGAUCUACGCCAUCCUCGCGUCAGAUGCUAUCGUGGCUACCAUGGCAUACACUGUCGACUCUGAUCAUUGCCAACCAAUGGCGCUCUUCGACUACAACCUCAAGGAUUACGAUGUCUGGAACUCGCUUGCUCUAGCGCUACUCGUCUGUCAUGUGCGCAAUGUGCAGCUGCGCAUCGCAGAGGACACCGACAUUGGCAUGAAGCAGCCCAACUCGAGCGAGAGUAGCUACAGCAUGGACGAAGAUGCUUGAACAGGUCUUGAUGAUCUUCAGCGCUUCCGGCGCACAUUGCUUGACUCUGAGAGAACAUGUGGGAGAAAGAGGAGGCUGAGAUCGGGGACAUCACACUCAUUCACGCAACAUUUUUUCGAGCGCACGCGCGCAUUUCGUAAGAUACCCUGCACUACUGAGAUGAUUACACGAGAUUGUUUUAUGCAUAUUGGAAGGAGGGUACUGAAAUGCUCCACUGCAUAGCUGUAUAUGGUCGCUGGAAGGUUGUUUGUAGUCACUAGAUUCCCUGCUAACAUAAAUCGAUUGCCACUUUGAUCCACAG